AAAAAUCUAAUACGAGGACAUGUCUGGCAAAAUGGUCGUGGAUGAACCAAAACCAAAGGUUCCACCCAAGAAAUUCACAGUUGAGAACAAUGUCUACAAGGGAGAGGUGGUGCCUCUUUCGAGCGAUUACAAGGGCCUCGGGGAACUGAUAUGGAAGAGCAUCAAUAAAUACAAAAAUAACAUCGCGCAUGUGGACGCGCAAACAGACAAAGUUGUCACAUACGCGGAACUGCAAAAUAAAGUUGUGAGAUGCGCAUUAUGGCUUCAGGAGCAUGGAAUUAAAUCCGGCGACGUUAUCAGUAUAUGCUCAAAAAAUCAUCUCGAUUCCAUCGUACCCUGCUUGGCGGCCACUUACAUUAAUGCGAUCUUCAAUCCGUGGAACGAGGAUAUGAACUUGCACACGGCGUAUGAUGUACUGGAGCAGACGAUGCCAAAAGUGAUUUUCUGCACGAAAAAACCUGUGGACAUAAUCUUGACGGCGAUUAAGGACAAGAACUGCAGCCCUAUCGUGGUGGUGUACGGCGAUCAUCCCGGCACGACUCCAUUUUUCGACGUGUUAAGCGGCUAUAGCGACGCACAGGUGGCGAAUUUCCGGUAUCUCGAGCUCGAUGACAUCAAAAAAACGGCCUGCAUACUGCAUACAUCAGGUACCACAGGAAUGCCGAAGGGUGCCGAGCUCUCCAACUACAGCUUGCUAAUAUCAGUCCAAGACGGCAACAAGGCCGACGAAAUAGCACUGUGGUUCUCCUCUCUUUACUGGAUCACUGGGGUGGUGAUGAACAUACAAUCGAUCAUGAAUGGCGUCAAAGUGAUCAUCUACCCGCAUUUCGACGAGGAGAUGACCUGUCAGCUAAUAGAGAAGUACAAGGUAGAAUGGUUGUUCUUGGGUACUAGCAUGGUCAAUCGUUUCUUAAAGGCCGGAUUUGCGGCGAAAUAUCCGCUAUCGUCUCUAAAAGUUAUACUUUCCGGCGGCGCGAUUCUCAAGGCGAAAGCGCAAGAGGAAUUGAAACGUGUUUUACCGCAGGUUCAAGUACUACAAUCUUAUGGAAUGACGGAAGCUGGUGGGUUAAUUACGAGGCAGUUCUCACGGCACAAGAUGGGAUCUUGUGGGACAGUAAUACCAAACCAUGAAAUAAAAAUCGUGGAUUUGGACAACGGCGAGACUUUGGGCCCGAAUCAGACGGGAGGGAUAUGUAUAAAAUCCGCAAAUGUAAUGACCGGUUACUACAGGAAUCCCGAAGCAACGAAAGAGAUGUUUGAUGCGGAAGGGUGGUUGCAUUCGGGUGAUAUCGGUUACAUCGACGCGGACGGCGAGCUGUACGUUUCGGACAGGUUGAAGUAUAUCAUGAAAUAUAGAGAAUAUCAAAUCUCGCCUGCAGAGAUCGAAAUCUUGUUGCACACGCAUCCCGGGGUGCUGGAGGUCGCUGUAAUGGGAGUGCCUCAUCCAAUCGACGAUGAACAUCCGGUUGCAUUCGUCACCAUUAAACCCGGGUUUACGGUGACGGAGAAAGAGUUGGUCGACUUGGUAGCGAACAACAUGACGGACAUUUUCAAGCUGCGUGCUGGAGUGGUGUUCUUGGACGCUUUCCCAUACACUGGUACUGGGAAAAUCGCUAAGGUAGAGUUGAAGGCAAUGGCUAAGAAGCUAGCCGUGGAAGAGGCUGAUGAUUUCUCUCAGUGUAUCCUGAGACGACUUUUUCUUAUACAUUAUCCGGCUAAUUAUCUGUUCGAUUUCCGGAACGCAGGAAUGAGCAAGUUUUGCGGUAUCUACACGCUGCAAAGACAAGGCGAUAAGAUCGGUUCCAGCAGUUAUGAAGAACAUGCAGCUGAAGGUUGGCAAGUUCUUGUGGAAAAUGCCUACAUAGUGACGGGAUACUACGAGAAUAUUCAAGCUAUCAAAGAGACGAUCAAGGAGAUCAAGAUCAAGGACUGCUUCUAUCCCACCGAAAUCGAGAGCUAUUCUGCAGUUCAUGAGACUGUUCAUGAGACGCGCAAUUUGACAAUAAACACUCUGUCGCCUUCGGAUCGAAGAUAUCCAGACAGGUACGCGAUCAUUCUGGACGAGAUUACUCCAGUCAUCAGCUGUAUUUUUAUUGAACGAUAUCUCUGGGACAAAAUGGUCGCGGAUGAAUCAAAGCUUCAGCCAAAGAAAUUCACAGUUGAGAACAAUGUCUACAAGGGAGAGGUGACGCCUUUUUUGACCGAAUACAAGGGCCUCGGGGAACUGCUAUGGAAGAGAAUCAACAAAUACAAAAGUAGAAUCGCGCACGUGGACGCGCUAACUGAAAAAGUGGUCACUUAUGCGGAGCUACAAAAUAAAGUUGUGAGAUGUGCAUUAUGGCUUCAGGAGCAAGGAAUCAAAUCUGGCGACAUUAUCAGCAUAUGCUCGAAUAAUCAUCUCGAUUCCAUCGUACCUUGCUUGGCAGCCACUUACAUUAAUGCGAUCUUCAAUCCAUGGAACGAGGAUAUGGACUUGAAUACGACGCAUCACGUGCUGGAGCUGACGAUGCCGAAAGUGAUUUUCUGCACGAAAAAACCUGUGGACAUAAUUUUAAGGGCGAUGAAGGACAAGAACUGCAGCCCUAUCGUGGUGGUGUACGGCGACCAUCCCGGCACGAUUCCGUUCUCCGACGUAUUGAGCGGCUACAGCGCCGCACAGGUGGCGAAUUUCCGGUACCACGAGCUCGACGACAUCAAGAAGACAAGCUGCAUCCUGCACUCGUCCGGUACCACGGGGAUGCCGAAGGGUGUCGAGCUCUCCAACUACUGCUUACUAAUAAUGGCUGAAGAUGAUAGCGUCAACAUAGCCAACUUAAUAGCACUAUGGUUCUCGUCUCUCUACUGGAUAAGUGGGGUGAUGCUGAACAUAAAAUCGAUCGCUCAGGGUGUCGAAGUGAUCAUCUACCCGCAUUUCGACGAGGAGAUGACCUGCCGGCUGAUCGAGAAGUACAAGGUAGCAUGGUUGUUCAUGGGUACCAGCAUGACUAACCGUUUCUUAAAGGCCGGAUUUGCGGAGAAAUAUCCGCUGUCGUCCCUAAAAAUUAUACUUUGCGGCGGCGCGAUUCUCAAGGCGAAAGCGCAAGAGGAAUUGAAACGUGUUUUACCGCAGGUUCAAGUACUACAAGCUUAUGGAAUGACGGAGAGUGGUGGGGUAAUUACGAUGCAGUUCCCAUCGCACAAGACCGGAUCUUGUGGAACAGUAGUCCCAAAUGGCGAAAUAAAAAUCAUAGAUCCGGAUAACGGAAAGACUUUGGGCCCGAAUCAGACGGGAGAGGUAUGCCUGAAAAUAGCAACUAUAAUGAACGGUUACUACAGGAAUCUUGAAGCAACAAAAAACGCGAUUGAUGAGGAUGGGUGGAUGCAUUCGGGUGAUAUCGGUUACAUCGAUGCGGACGGCGAGUUGUACAUUUUGGACAGGCUAAAAGAUCUCAUCAAGUAUAGAGGAUUCCAAAUCUCGCCUGCGGAAGUCGAAGUCUUGUUGCACUCGCAUCCGGGAGUGCUGGAGGUCGCGGUAAUGGGAGUGCCUCAUCCAACCGACGAUGAACAUCCGGUUGCAUAUGUCACCGUUAAACCCGGGUUUACGGUGACAGAGAAAGAGUUGGUCGACUUGGUGGCGAACAACAUGAUGGACGCUUUCAGGCUGCGUGCUGGAGUGGUGUUCUUGGACGCUUUCCCAUACACCGGUUCUGGGAAAAUCUCGAAGAAAGAGUUAAAGGCGAUGGCUAAGAAACUGGCCGUGGAAUAGGCUGAUGAUUAAAUGACCGCCUGCCUAUUCCAUCAUGUAUCUUUUUAUGAUGAUGUGCAAAGCACAAUGUUAUGUAUACAGUGUUACGCAAUCAAUCACUUCGCCUUAAUCGCGUAUUGUGGGUGGAAUAGGUAGACAAGGUUGUUUUUCUGACAGUUCAAAUAUAUUUAUAAUAUAUGUACAUAUUAAGAAGAAUAUUACAGUUUGUCUUUAUAAAAUGUUACAUGUUAUUUUUAAAUAAGGUAUAAUUUCAAUAUAUUAGAAGAAAUAAUUUUUUUUAAAUUAGUCCAGUCUAAACUAGUACUAAAAGUGGUGUCAGAGCGCUUAAUUAAUUAUAUACAAUAAAUUUAAUAAAUAUUACAUGUGAACG